AUGGUAGCGUUCAAAGAACGCAGAGAUUUUCCCAAAGCUUUCUUCUUAUCGCGCCAUUCGAAGUUGGAGAAGUAUUUGGAGGAGUUCAACAUCGAAAUCGACAAUGAGGAUGAAAGUUCAGAGAGCCAAGGAGAGAUCAGACAUUCAGAAGAAGGAGAGCGUUAUGCGGAGUUUGGUGAGUUUAGGGGUAAGUUGAAGCCUAAGGGCGUUAAAGGAUUGAGUUAUGAGGGGAUUGAUGAUUUUAGCAGAGCACUACUGGUCAACGUGGUGACAAGGGAAGCCGUACCACGAAGGCCCGUCACCCGAUCAGCCACCGAGAAUACCGGGGCCGUCCUCCGAGAAAGGACGGAAUCAAGCGUAGACUGUAAGUCUAAAUGACACAGGAAUUGAAAAAGGGCCCUCUUCACCUCCUAAGGCUUCUGGCGGCCUGGGAGGGGGAGUUGGCGUCCAACUCAACUCAGAUAGACAUAAGCCAAUGUUAACGAGUAUGGUAUCUUUAGAAGACUAUCUACCCUGGUUUAUUAACCCAAAGAAGAAAAAACGUAACGAUCGAUGAGCCUGAUGGUCAGGGCAGACGGAAAUUAUUGUUGCAAGGAUAAAAUUAAACUGUUUUGAAACACCUAACCUUAUAUGUGCAUAUAGUAUAUGUAGACCUAAAAACGGCCUUAACAUCACCGCUACAUGCACGCAAGAUCAAAUAUUGUAAAAUAUAAUCCAGAAGACAGACACUACCAAGAGCAGAUCUGUAAAAUAUGGUGGUUUCAGAAAAAAGCUGACAUACAUCGUAAAGAAAACGACUAUUUGUCUUUUCUAUUAAGUCAAAGAAAAAGCGUAACGAUCGAUUGAUCUGAUGGUCAAAGUGAUCGGAAAUUGAUAUUGUAAGGAUAAUCUUUUUCACUAGAAUUACUGUAAAGAGGUCUUUCGACUUCGCGGGUUCAGACCGCGUAACAUGUAGGAAUCUCACCUCUGUGGUGGCCAUAUUUAUAACCAAUUUUCAAUCGUAUUUUUUCUACACAGUUUGUAUUAUGCUAUGUGGUAUAAAUAAACAAGUAAUAAUCAUUUUCUUGUCCACACUGGAGAGAGAAAUCGAAGUGCUCGACUACGAAUACAUUGCCGAUGGAAGACAAAAAAAAUCAAAAAUGUCUUCGCCGCACUCGAAUAGAGGCGCUUUCGCCGAUCAUGCCCCGCCCCCCAAAAUACGUUAUAAUAAGAUUGUUCAUUUUUUGUUUUUGACUAGCUUUCGGGAGAACCUUUUUAUAUUCCUACAAUAAAGCUACAUGCUGUAAAUCGGUAACAAAAAAACGUAAAAUGGAGAGUCGAAAAUCUGCUAUCCUCUCUGGCUGAAGCAAAAAUAUUUUCUUCAAGAUACAGUGGAAGAUCAUAACAAGACAUCAAGUAUUUCCGUUCGUAGAACGCCAGAAGUCAUUCAGGUCACUGCGUAAACCGCUGUCAAUUAAUUUUCUUUUUUUACCAUAGCCUGUGUUUGUCAGUUCAGAUGGGGAGAUGUGAAAUCAAUUCCAGGUCUUUCCCUUGAAUAUGAAGGUUUGGAAGCAAGCGUAAUUGAUGUGGAAGACAACCAAUACUAUGGGUACAAAGCUGACGUAAUCAACGGAAAUUUGCAAGCGUAACUUGGAUUGCGGUGCAACUAUUUACUUGUAGAUCUGGAAGGAGAAGCCUCUUUUAGGAACUAUGGCGUAAGUAUCCGGACUCCAAAGGCUUUUGUCGCUUUGGAUGCCUUCUUGGUUAAGUACAAGGAAGAAUGGCUCAAGAGUUUGGCCGGGACCCCCGAUUUUACGCCUGACUCCCAUGUAUGGCCAUGCUGAAGAUGUCCAGCAGUUGAAGGCUGAUCUCGAGCGUCAUAAGAUUAACUACACUCAACACGAAAGAAAGUCAGACUUCACCAAACAAGGACGAUCCACGUCAAAAACAAUAUGUCGUAAAAUGUGAUCCAUAAUACGGCGAAAAAACCCGGCAACUUACGAAGCAGUCCCUACUCUGUCUCUCUUCAAUGCAAUCUACCGGAGCUACGACACUUACAAAAGCGCAGAGGAUGCUUAGGAUGCUUUUCCGUAAGUCAUAUGAUAAUGUUUCCAUAACAUUUCACUCAACAUUGUCUUUAUAACCAUAGUCAAAUAUCAAGGAAGUCAAUCUCCCGUAAUUGCCAACGUGAGUUUUUCUUCGCAAUUGUUGAGUGUAAAUCGCGGUAUACGGCUCCUUGUUCAUUUUCAUUUUUCUGAUGAUUUGCAAUAAUGACCGUGCUGUGUAACGGUCUUGUUUAUUAUAAAUAUUAAUCAAGCUGAAACAGACUAUUUCUUGUCGCAGCAACUACAUUAUGCGACAUUUCGUAACGUGACCAAAUCCGCCAGUCUUUUGACUUUGCCGCCUUUGCUCCACGGACUACAGUCGCCUUCACGCUUGCACGGGCGAUCAUCAUCCUCGUAAAUCGCGCCUACGUACGGCACAAGAACCCCCAGCUUCAUAAACUUCUGGAAACCGCCGGCAUCUAUACAGGCGGCCACCUCUUUCAUCAGGAUAAUCCCAGAGAAAGAGUACUCUGAAAGUAAAAGAGCUUGGCUCUUUUACGCUGGAGAUCUGAUGCAAUGGAAUUGCCCACUUCCAGCACCAAUUCAGUGCUUGGAAAAGUAUGGCUUGAGAAGUCUGUUGUCGACGCUUCUGAAUCACGGUCGUCAAAGUAUCACGAAGAUUUGCCUCAAGGUCACCUACAGAUUUGCGCCGAGACUGGCCAGUCUAAUCUCCACACUGUGAUAUGCUGAUGAACUCCAGUGGCCGCUGGGCCGAUUCGAGGAUCCUGCAUUCGCCGCCGCCUUGCCGGAUAUGUCCGCCUACGCGCCAGUCGGCUUCUUACAUGUGAAUGGAGUCGAAAGGAAAGUCGGAACAUCGUGGAGGAACACCAAUCAAUUUUUUGCUACAUUGUUAACUUGGCCAAAGCACGCCUAUUUACAAUUCUUAAAUCCUUCCGUACCACAGACUGGCAACUUUUGA